AUGUUGCCCUUGUCCCUCCGAACCCUAGCCACCCGUACCCUCCUCCUGCUCGUCAUCGCGUCCGCCGUUUCCUGCUCUUCCUUGCCGCCGGAGGACGGCAUCCGGGUCGUCUCUGCAGAGAAAAGGAUCGACCUCACGGGUCCCAUCGUCAAAGUCUUCCUAACAUUGAAGGUCGAGAAUGCUCCCACUGCCUCUGAAGCAUCACGAGUUCUUCUCGCCUUCACGCCCACAGAGGUUCAACAUCUCUCUAUUGUCAAGGCCACGAGAGCGGAGGGGAAGCACAAGAAGAAGGCAUUCGUACCCCUCUCGAUCGAAGCCUCUGAGCUCGCCACCACCGCUCCUGAUGCCCCUCGCCUCUACUCUGUUCUGCUCAGCACUCCUCUGAAACCUGGCGAUGCAACCACUCUAGAAGUGUUAUACAUGCUCACUCACUCUUUAGAGCCCUUUCCCGCCGAGAUUAGCCAGUCAGAGUCCCAGCUGGUUUACUACCGUGACAGUGCGGUGCUUCUCUCGCCCUACCAUGUCCUGGAGCAGGUUACCUACAUCAAAAUGCCAAGCAAUAGGAUUGAAUCCUUCACUAGGGUUGAUCCUACCACACGAGCUGGUUCUGAAGUGAAAUAUGGCACAUACAAUAACCAGAUGCCAAACUCCUAUUUGCCAAUUCUUGUGCAUUACGAGAAUAACCGUCCAUUUGCUGUUGUUGAGGAACUUGUACGCAAGGUGGAGAUUUCUCACUGGGGAAACAUCCAAAUCACCGAGCAGUAUAAACUGAAACACGGCGGUGCUCGUCACAAAGGAGUCUUUUCCAGGCUUGAGUAUCAAUCUAGGCCAUCUGUCAGUGGAGCUUCGUCCUUUAAGAAUCUUCUUGUAAGGCUGCCACCUCGGGUUCAUUCAGUUUACUAUCGUGAUGAGAUUGGUAACAUCUCCUCAUCCCAUCUGCGCACUGAUUCACACAAGUCCGAGCUAGAAAUUGAGCCCAGAUAUCCAUUAUUUGGUGGCUGGCACUGCACGUUCACCGUUGGCUAUGGUCUUCCAUUGCAAGAUUUUGUCUUUGAGUCAGUUGAUGGCCGGCGCUACAUCAACCUUACUUUUGGUUGCCCUCUAUUGGAUACUGUGGUUGACGAUCUUACAGUUAAAACUAGUUAUUCAUACCUUGAUGUUGUUGGAAGGACGACAGUUGUACUGAAGAAGAAAAAUGUUGUAGGAGAGCACAACGUUCCUUUCCAGGUGUACUAUGAAUUCAAUCCGAUCUUCAUGCUGGCGGAACCAUUGAUGCUGAUAUCUGCAGUGUUGCUGUUUUUUGUUGCCUUCAUUGCCUAUCUUCACAUGGAUCUUUCCAUCAGAAAAUCAUCAUAG